GACGGGAGCUCCUUUUUGGAAAUUCACACCUUUGUCCCAAUGCAAUUCUCUCGGUUGUAACUUGCUGUCGUCGCCUCUGUUCCUAUCUGGGCUUUCCCCACCGAUAAGCGUCCUCGUUCAGCGCUACGAGCGCUUCCGCCAACUCCCCCGAUCAUCAUGGACAUCCAGGAGACUCAGCGUCUUCUGACGGAGUAUCUCCAUGAGCUCGCUGCCUUGUUCCAUCGCCUGCCGGGCUCGGCAAUCUUCCUCCGCUACGUGAAAUCCAGCUACCAGAAUGAUCCGAUUCGUUCCGCCGUUGAGCUUUUCUUGUUUCUGUUCGCCGUUCGCUACCUUCUUGCGCCGAAGUAUUCGACCAAGCCCGGUGUCGUCCAACUCUCGGAAGAUGAAAUAGAUGACCUGGUCGACGAGUGGACUCCGGAGCCGCUUGUGGGCAAGCCGACUCCCCUGGAGGCGAUGGAAGUGGACAAGCGUACGGUCAUUGUUGGCCCCGUCGGUCCGAAGUCGAAGCUCGCGAAUGGCCGGACGGUCAUGAAUCUGGGUUCUUACAACUUCUACAAUUUCAACACGAACGAAUCUCUUAAAGAGAAGGCCAUCCAAACCCUCCGCAACUACGGAGUCGGACCCUGUGGCCCGCGAGGCUUCUACGGCACCCAGGACGUGCACAUGAAGACCGAAGCCGACGUCGCCUCCUUCCUCGGAACCGCGUCUUGCAUUAUCUACGCCCAGGCCUUUUCGACUAUCUCGAGUGUGAUUCCUGCUUUUUCGAAGCGCGGGGACAUCAUCGUUGCCGACAAGGGGGUCAGCUUUGCGAUCCGCAAAGGUAUCCAGAUUUCUCGCAGUAUCGUCCGGUGGUAUGAACACAAUGAUAUGGAGGAUUUGGAACGAGUCCUUGCCAAGGUGACUAAGGAGCAAGCGCGGAAGCCACUCACCAGACGGUUCAUCAUCACCGAGGGUCUCUUCGAGUCGUACGGUGACAUGGUUGACUUGCCUAAAGUUAUUGAGCUGAAACUCAAGUACAAAUUCCGACUGAUCCUGGACGAGACGUGGUCGUUUGGUGUCCUUGGCCGCACCGGUCGCGGUGUGACGGAGCAUCAGAACGUCGACGCGGCAGAAGUGGACAUGAUUGUGGGCUCGCUGGCCGGCCCAUUGAUUGCUGGAGGAGGCUUCUGUGCGGGAUCGGAGGAGAUCGUUCACCACCAACGUAUUUCCGCUGCCGCAUACACGUUCUCUGCCGCGCUGCCCGCUCUGCUGUCGACCACGGCGAGUGCCACGAUCAAUAUGCUGCAGAACAGUCCGGAGACGGUCACCCAGUUGCGGGAGCACACCAGAGCCAUGUGGGCGCAGCUGGACCCGCGUAGUGAUUGGGUGUCCUGCACCAGUGCGCCUGAGAAUCCUAUGAUGAUUCUUGUCCUCAAGCCGGAAGUGAUCCAGGCGAAGAAACUGUCUGAGGAUGAUCAACAAUUCUUGCUGCAAGACAUCGUUGACGAGUGUCUUGCCAACGGCGUUCUCAUCAGCCGCCUGAAGACUCUCCAGGACAAUUUCGAGCCGAAGCAAGUGGUGGCGCCUGCUCUGAAGGUGUGCGUGACGAUCGGCUUGACGAGGAAAGAGAUUGAGAAGGCCGGAACCAUUAUCCGCCACGCGAUCACGAAAGUCCUGAGCAAGAGGAAGUAAGCCAAGCUUUUGUCUCAUGUAGUUCUCGGAUUCCCAAGGAACCUGGCCAUGACGUUUAAUGCCUCCCUGAUACGCCCUCUGCCCUUCCACUGUCAUGUUCUACCCAGCCUUAUUGUUCCGUUUGUUGAUAAAACCGCUGUCGAUGGACAGACCUGUACAGCAUAUUGCACCUAGAUGUGGCGCAACUGUUGCCCUACUGCGUAUCUUCCUUUCGGUUACAUUGGUACCAUGGACAUUAUUAGAGAUUCUUAUUAUUUUAAUACACUUCAUUUUUCG